CUCUCGUCAGUAGGGUAGGUUGCGCAAGUGUAGUAGGGGUUGGAUUCACUCUUAAAAAAAAAGCUGCUCCUGUUGAAAGUUGUGGUUCAGGCACCGUAUGGAGGCGGCGGCUCGAGGCUUUGAUUUGCAAGAGUUGUGUGUGUGAGCUCGGUGGACGGCGAUGAUGAACGUGGAGGUGGCUGUGCUGCUCUUCCUGGCCCUUUGGGUUUGUGUUUGGACGGAAGAUUCUGGGAAAGUAGUUGCUGACCGCUACGCCGUGUACUGGAAUAGCACCAAUCCCAGGUUUCACAGAGGGGAUUAUACAGUUGACGUCUGCAUCAAUGACUACCUCGACAUCUACUGCCCCCACUACGACGAUUCCAUACCUGAGGAGAAGACAGAGAGCUACAUCCUUUACAUGGUGAAUUUUGACGGCUACAGAAGCUGCGACCACAAGAACAAUGGCUUCAAGCGCUGGGAGUGCAAUAGGCCACGCACACCGAAUGGUCCUCUGAAGUUCUCCGAGAAGUUCCAGCUCUUCACACCAUUUUCCCUAGGCUUUGAAUUUCGACCUGGAAACGAGUAUUAUUAUAUAUCAUCACCUCAUCCUAACAUUGUUGGGAAGCCCUGCUUAAAGUUAAAAGUAUAUGUCAGACCAACAAACAGUUGUAUGGAAGCAGUAGGGGUGAAUGAAGGUGAUUUCGAUGUAAACAACAGUUCAGUUGAAGCUUCAGAUGAUUCUAUAUACGAGUCACCUGAACCGUAUCACAAUAACGACGGAAUCACGACCUUUAGGAUUUCUUGGUUCAUCCUGGCAGUGACCCUCAUCCUGUUAUUCCUAACAUCAUAGCACCCAGAGAAAGCGGGAGAAAAAAAGAAAUUAUUUCUAUCUGAGGGACCGCAACCAAAAUGGAGACGGCAAGAGAUUGACAUGGGUCCUCCAGAAGAGACUCCAUUUUCUGAGACACUUUGCCGUUAAGACAAAUAAUUUGAGGAACAGACAUGCUCUAUUACUGCUUUGUGAGACUGGGAAUUCUCAUUUUCUUGUGAAGCACUGCCUUGGGCCCACUGGGGUUUGAUAUAAAGUACAUCAAAAUUGGAACAAAUAUCUCUAUGGAGGUGUCCAGACGCAAACUUUCUCAAAUGGAAUCUAUAUUGGUGCAAUCGUUUGUUCCACUGGUAGGUCAAGACUCAUGACAGGAGAAGCAUCUGGGAGUGUUCCGACCUUCAAAGUCCCUUUAAACAUGACUUCUUGACACACUGUUCUACAAAAGCAGCCACAAGUCUAGUUGCUCAUUCUUCUGUUUGUUCCUUUUUUAAAUUUCUUUUUGCCUUGAAUUUUCAAGAGGGGUUUGUUCAGUCUUUCUGACAGUUUUGGGGGGGGGGGGAGAAGUUCUGUGAGGAGGAAUGGGGUCAUGUGGAUAAAAUAAAUCAGCCACCAGUAGAAACCUGGAAAUCCCCUUUUGCCUUACGUGGGGAAGAUGGGACUCUGAGUCUCUUGGCCAAUGUUACCGACAGCAAAAGUGACAUUGGGCAAGAUCAAUGGUUGAACUCUAAAAGCUGCAUUAAAAUGUUUUCUACCCAGUCAGAUCAGUCUUCAAAAUUUCAAAGUGCUUUGAUCUGUUAAUAAGAUUUCUUACUCUAAUUGGAAAUAUUCCUCACGGUUUCAACACAUGGCCCCUUCCACCAUCUCCCCAACAUCUGUAGACUGUCAUCAAACCCCAUGCUAUUCAGGAAUACAGCUUAUUAUAUCAUCUCCAAUACUGUAACUAUUGAGAGGCAUCAAUUAUUUUUAGCAACACUAAGAUUUUUUUUUCUCUCUCAGUGAUGAUUGUUAUGACAUUCAUGGCAUUAAUACUCCUCCCCAGUAAAUAGUGGGGUUUACUGGUGACCUCAUAUGACAAGAGAAUCAUGUUGAAACAACUGAGCCAGAGUAUAAGUCAAUGCCUCCAGGGCCCCUGCAGAUUCAUGGACACCUUAAUGACACAAGAUCGGCUUCAGUAAAGUCAUCUCUGAAACUUAAACAAUAGUCCAGAUGUAAGAUAUUCACAUGUGCAUUUUAAAAUGUGUACUACUUGUAACAAAAAAAAUAAGCGAAGGCAUUGCCUUAAAGACAAAAAUGAUGGAAUUCUCAGAAGAUGGAAAGGUUUAGUUGGUUAUGGGAAUCAAGACAUCUUUGGAGUGAAAGAUCAGUGGCUUUCUUUGGGUACUGUACAAGCUAAAGUUAUUGGAAUAUGGAAGACCUCUCCUUACUGUUCUAUUUCCCCAUCAUCUUAGUGUUUUUAAAUGUGAUUAAAUAAUUCACUGAGCUAGCUCUGUGUCUCUAAUGCAACAGGUACAUAUGCAUAGCAAUUAUAUUCUGGGACUGGUAUCCAUUGCCUUGGACUUCUGAACUGAAGCAACGAGAUUAAAUCCCAAUUUAAAUUCUAGUAAUUAAGUAAAUCUGAAAUUAAAAAUCUAGUGCAAGUAAUGAUGAUUAUGAGACGUAAAAUACCACAGAUGCUGGGAAUCUGAAAUUAGAAUCUGGAAGCACUCUGCAGGUCAGUCAGCAUUUGUAAAGAGAGAGACAUUACAAUUCAAAACUGAUGAGUUUUCAUCAGUUCUGAGGUAGAGUGAUCAUGAGAUUGUUGUUAAAAACUCAUCUGGUUCAGUAAGGGAAGGACACCUGCUAUCCUCAUCCAUCCAUCUCUCCAGAUCCACCAAUAUAGGUGAUACUUAACUCCCUACACACUUCAGUGGCAAAUACAGAUGGACAAUAAUUGCCGACAAUGUCUUUGUCCUGUGAAUGAAUAAACAAUUGCAUGUGUGACAUACUCUCACAUAUAGGUGUCAGGUCUGUCAAUGUUGUGUGUGACUCUCACUCUGAUGCACACAGAAGAAAUUAGAGGGUGUAGGUAAUUCAAUGACAGAAUUCUCAAUCUUCUUGCCCAAAGUGGGUUUUCCUGUAGUGUGGGGGAACUGGACUCCAGUGCUUAGUGUUGUACAGAAAAUGAAAUAAUCUCUGAUGUUGGAAGAGGGUGCUGUCUGCACAGAGAGGAUUGUAAGGCAAGAUAGCAGAACAUAUGUGUUUUCUUUUAAUUUAGCUUGCAUUAGGGAGGUGUUACUUCAAGCUUUUGAUUUUUAAAUGUUGGAUGAGGUUUACUUUCUCCUAGACUUGUUAUCUUUAUAUUGCAUUCCUGUUAAUCAGUAAGCAAUCUUUGGAUAGUUUUGUUGUCAAUCUCACCAGUGAUGAAAUUGGUAUGGCAUCCCGUCCUCAGGUCAAAGAGUGAAAUUUUCAUAAAUUACAAGCAGUUGUUCAAAGUGUUAGAAACCUGGGAGAGCUACCUUAGUGAAUUUCAAAUUUCAAAGUAAGGUUAUUAUCGAAAUACAUAUACGUCAUCAUAUGCCACCUUGAGAUUUACUUUCUUGCAGGCAUUCACAGUAGAACAAAGAAAUACAAUAGAAAAUGAAACACUGCACACAAAGACUGACAAACACCCAAUGUGCUAAAGAAGACAAACUAUGUAAACACACACAAAAAUAAUAAUAAUAAUAAUAAAAGAAAGUAAGUAAAUAGAUAAUAUUGAGAACAUGAGUUGUAGAGACUUGAAAGUAAGUCCAUAGGUUGUGGAAUCAGCCCAGUGUUGAGGUGAGUAGAGAAGCAAUUUUGUUUUUUUUUAAAAGGACAUUACGGAGUAAAAGGUGAUAGGUAAUAAUGUUCAAACUAUGAUCAAUAGUGGAAAUUUUCAUUGAAUGAAAUCUGUAUUUUAAUGUCAGAAUUGAGAGAUGGAAAUGUUGUCAUUAAAAGAGUUUCUUCAAAAGCUCAUUUCAAAUCCUUCAUAUGCUAGAACUCUUACUAUAUUAACGUUGCUUG